AUGAAUCCCGGGCAUCAGCCAAUGACGGAGCCUUCGGCAACCAAUGGAGUCUCAUCAACCACCAAUGGAGACGCCUCAGCUCAUGCCACAAAUCAGAUUCACUUCCAAGAUCAUCCUCAACUACAAUCCGACAUUUCAGAUAAGCCUCAGUCAAUCAGCGCAGAUGAGAUUGCACUGUAUGACCGACAGAUACGCUUGUGGGGCGUCAAAGCUCAGGAAAGGCUACGAACUGCAAAUGUUCUCCUUAUCACCAUGAGAGCUCUUGCGAACGAAAUUGCCAAGAACCUUGUGCUUGCUGGUAUAGGCUCUCUGACUGUGCAAGACAGCCAAGUUGUUGUAGACGAUGAUCUUGGAGCGCAGUUCUUCAUCUCUGACCAAGACAUCGGCAUGAAUCGUGCCGAGUCAGCAGCGCCUCAGAUACGGCGGCUGAAUCCCAGAGUAUCUCUUCGCGUUGAUACCGAGGACAUUACUCUGAAGCAGCCUGAGUACUUUGCUCCCUUCGACAUGAUCAUUGCAACCGAUUUGGAUCUUGCAACUCUUUCAACCAUCAACGCUUCGUGCCGCCUAUGCAACAGACCGUUCUACGCUUCAGGAACCCAUGGAUUUUACGGCUACAUAUUUGCAGACCUAAUCUCGCAUGACUAUGUAGUUGAACGCGAAAAGUCAAAUCGUCCAACAGCUCUGACAGCAGAAACCCUCACCAGAUCAAUUGUGGCUACUAGCACCAAGAAAGAAAAUGGGAAAGUGAUUGAAAUGGUCACCAAGCGAGAAAUCUAUUCGCCAAUGGUGCUCGCAAACACCUCCCCACUACCUACCGACCAGGUUAAUUCUCGAAGACGCAAGCUUCAGGUCUCUCCUCUUCUGACUUGUAUGAGAGCAUUGUGGGAAUUCCACAGUAUCUCUGGCGCAAUACCAACACACAGGCACGCUGAUCUUGAGCUCUUCACCACGCUGGCAACGGAGAAGCACAAGGAGUUGCAGCUCCCGUCCGAAACUUUACGUAGUGACUUCCUCCGAAGCUUCCUGCAAAACAUUGGAAGCGAGCUCGCGCCAGUAACGGCCUUCUUGGGCGGCCAGCUUGCUCAGGAUGUCAUCAAUGUCUUGGGCCAGAGAGAACAGCCAAUUCAGAACUUCCUGUUAUUUGAUGGCGAAGAAUCCAAAGGGCCGGUGUAUGCUUUGCAUCCCGUCUUUCCGCCACUUGAUUCCACGUUUGAUCCUCCGAUUGCCGCCCCAUUAGCUGGAACACUAAUUGCGUAG